AUGGCGACCCUCGCAGCAGCGCUCCAGAGGGCCAAGGUGGAUCACAUCCUCCAGCAGCCGACCGACCUGGCCUCGAAGAGCACGGCUAAUGUCGACGCCGCCCUCUCGGCUGCGGCCAGUACCACGUUGACCGUGGCUCUGGUCAACAACACGGGCUCCUCCAACGCGUAUGCCUAUGUCAACGGACUUGCUGGAGGCAAUAACGAUGCUGUGUAUUUGUUGGAAAGUGACGGGAAGACAGUCUACUAUCCAACCUCGCCCUCUAGCAAUGGCUCAGCCUUGGCUGUUGACUGUGCCAUCCCGCUAGGGGCGCCGGGAAGUACCACAACAAUCACUGUUCCUCUAACUGACGGAGGUCGCAUCUGGUUCUCCAGAGAUGCGACCUUGACCUUUUUGCUGAAUGAAGGGCCUGCGCUGGUCGAGCCCUCGCCCACAAACACUGCGGACCCGAACUACAAUAUCUAUUGGGAUUUCUGCGAGUUCACCUUCAACACGUCGCAGCUGUAUGUCAACAUCACCUGUGUGGAUUUCGUCUGCCUGCCCAUUGGCCUCUCGCUGGAGAACACAUCCGGGACCGUCACCACGGUCGAGGGCCUGCCUGCGGAUGGUCUCGACACCGUCUGCAGCGAGCUCACGGCCCAGACUGCCAGCGACGGCCAGGGCUGGAGUGAUCUGAUCGUGACGCUGAACGGUGCCAACCUGCGUGCGCUGUCCCCCAACAACGGGAUCGUCAUGAACAGCUCGCUCUUCGACGGCUAUUACGAUCCCUAUGUGACCGAGGUCUGGGACAAGUACAGCAACGGGGCCGUCCUCACCAUCGACACCCAGACUUCAACGUACGGGUCUCUGAACGGCACGGUCGAGAACGACGUCCUCACCUUCAGCGGUGUGGGCACCUUCUCGCAGCCCUCGAGUGCCGACAUCUUCUCCAACUCGACCGGCCCGUUUGCGCAGAGCGGCGCCGAGAUCGAGGCCAUCAUCCCGCGCCUGGCCGCGGCGUUUGUCCGCUCCACUCUGCUGAUCGAUGCUGUUCAGCCCGAUGAUGAGGUGGUGAGCACGUACUAUACUAAUACCAUCACUGACCACUAUGCGCGCAUCUGCCACGCCACUGAGCUUGAUGGCAAGGGCUAUGCCUUCCCAUAUGACGAUGUUACUCCAACUGGCGGUGCGGACCAGUCCGGCUACCUGAGCGACCCCAACCCCUCGGUCCUCACAGUCACCGUCGGCGGCCCUAGCACGACUUCGACCGUCAAGCUCCGAGACAUGGCCACACGCGUGGCCCAGCGGCCCGGCGGCCGCCAGCAGGCACAGCACCAGCGGGUCCCCAGGGACGCGGGGUGGCUGUUUCCCGAGGACGAGAAGAAGAUGCUCGCAGGCUCCGAGUCUGACGCGAGCAGCAACGACAACAAUGAUGGUAGUGACGGUGGUGCUGCUUCUGACGAAGGGUACAACUCGGCAAGUGUGGACCUUGAGAAGGGCCUCGGCCGAGGUAAGCAUGAUGCCUUUUGCAAGGGCGUCGGCGGAGGGUUUCAAGACGCACAGGAUGUUGCUGUAGGCGCUGUAUCCUCAUCAUCGUUCAUGACCAGACCUCUGACCUCGCUCGUGCCUCCCGGCUGGGGCGAGAGGGUCACCUCGCUGCUCGAGCGCCUCGAGGCGUCGCCCGUCUACGCGAGGACGCGGCCCCUUGUCGACCUCGUCGUCCGGCUUCUUACUUUGUUUCUGAGCAUGUCCGUCCGUGCACUCGUUUCGCGCGUCACCAUGGCGCUGUUUCUUGUUCUUUUCUAUCUUGUCAUGCCCAUGCUUUCGAGGAACCACGCCGGUGCUGGUGUGCAUGUGGCGCCCGUGGCCCAAUUUCUUGGGGUUGAUCCUGUCAAUAUUACCGAGGUGGUCACAUCGCUAUCAUAA